GUGAAAACAAUAUACUUGUCUCUUUUCAACUUAUUGCACUAGUUCAGCUGUGCAGCGAAAACGAACAGACCUGUAAACUUCUUGCACUGGUGUGCACUAGUGCAGAAAGUGUUUCGAAAAAAAAACAGACCUAAGACCUCUAUCUCUUAGUGCCAUUGAAUAGUGUGGUGUAUACCAUCACAAUGAGUGACGAAAACAUAGUGAAAACUGUCCUACAUGUAGGAACAAGAACUAUUAAUUUUACACCAGGAACAAAAGUUAUAUUUCAUUUUAAAACUACAAAAUGUAAUCACGAUAAAGCAGUAAUAGAUGACAGUAGGGCAAUGGGAAGUCCAAUGGAACUGGUAUUAGGGAAACAAUUCAAACUUGAAGUGUGGGAAGUGAUUGUACAAAAGAUGGCGUUAAAUGAAGUUGCUUGUUUCAAAGUACAUAAGAAUCUAGUGACUACAUAUCCUUUUGUGUCUAAGACAUUAAGAGAGGCUGGCAAGCCACAAUUGCAAAAACUUAACCAUCAUUGUUGCGGUGUUACUUUACAAAAUGAAGGCAUUGGUUAUACUGAUUUAAACGAUCUUAUAAAAUAUCCUCAAGACUUAGAAUUCACUAUAGAACUCAUUAAGGUGGUUUUGCCAAAUGAAUAUGAAAAGGAAUCCUGGCAAAUGACGGAGGAUGAAAAGCUUAAAAACAUUCCACAUUUAAAGGAAAAAGGAAAUGUCUUUUUCAAGGAGAAAAAAUACGAUAGUGCAUUGGAAACAUAUGCAAAAGCUAUUGGAAUGUUGGAGCAACUCAUGCUAGCGGAAAAACCAAACGAUGAGGAAUGGUUAUCUUUAAAUCAAAUGAAGAUACCAUUACUUUUGAAUUAUGUACAAUGUAAAUUAUUAAAUAAGGAGUACUAUUCAGUUAUCGAACAUUGUACAACAGUCUUGAAAACAGAGCCAGAGAAUGUAAAGGCACUCUAUCGACGAGGUAAAGCGUAUAUUGGUGUGUGGGAUGAAGGAAAUGCCAUUAAAGAUUUAAGGAAAGCUGCUGGAAUAGAUCCUCUGUUACAUAAUACCGUCGAGAAAGAAUUACAGGCAUUUGCAACAGCUAUAAAAGAGAAGAACGUUGCACAAAAAGAGAAACUAGCAAAAUUAUUUAAGGUGCAUCUGAAUAGAGAAUCGGAACGCGCCUAUAGCUGAGAUGGCUAAAAGUGAUCCAUUAUUUCAAGAAUAAAUUUGUGAUUCUCCGUGACACAUUGAAUAGAUAUAUCUCAGUUUAUCGUAUUUUAUAGGUUUCAGGAUUAAACCAAAUUAUUAUGUUUUUCAGGGCAAAUUAGAAAAUAAGGCUAUAUACCGCAAACAAUUUAUUACAUAUCAUUUCUCCUGUAGCGUCACAAAAUUAGCCCGACUGUCUGAGAUAGUCGAGCCUUAAGGUCGAUACUUAACGUGACUUAAAGCAUUACAGACAUUUCUGUGCGAAGGCCUUGAGAAUCAUACUUCCAAGUUAUUGAAACAACAUGAGUUCUUAAGUAUUCGCGUCGAUUAAUCAAAUUCAACAAUGUUUUUUUUUUAAUCGUGUUUCUUUUAUUUAUAAGAAACGAGAGGGGCUAAUAGUUCCGUACUAAUUUUUUAUUAUGAAAUUCAUAAAUGUGAGAAUAGUACAUGCAUAAUAUUGUUAAUAUAUAUUUAUAUAAUUCUUCAUGGUACGAAUAUUUAAAAAUUAAUUUAUGUAUAUUGAUGUAGUUAAGAGAAUAUCAUAACAUUGAUAUCAUAUUUAAAUGUAUUGUAAAUAUGUAUGUUGUAUUGUUUUAUAUUUUACUUUAUUUUGACAAACUGAUAAUGUAUUUGUUACUUAUUGUUGUUACAAGUAAGUCUACUUAAUAA